ACAUCCCAGCCUUUUCCUUCUAGUCGGCUCUCUCUCUUUCUCUCUCUAUCUCUCUCCCUAUCAAUACUCUCCAAAGCACCACUGCCACCACCGUUAGCUCUCAUUCACACAAUGCUUUGACCAUUAACCACCCACAUCUCCACCUCCUCCUUCUCCUCCAAAAACCAAAAUGGGGACCUGCACAUCAAAGCCUCCCAAAGCCAACCCUUAUGCCUCCCAAAACGAACCUGUAAAUGAUCAGUCUAACCCGAACCAGACUCCUAUAUCUCCACUCGCACCGCUCCCUAACCCCAAACAGUCCCCUUUCUUCCCAUUCUAUACUCCGAGCCCUGCUUAUCCGUUCAAGAAAUCUCCUUCUGCCGAAUUCACACCAGCUAACUCCACUCCUACGCCGUUGCGGUUCUUUAAGAAGCCGUUCCCUCCACCGUCCCCUGCUAAGCAUAUUAGGGCCGUCCUCCGCCGGCGGGAACAGGGGAAGAAGAAGAAGAAGGCGGCAAUUCCCGAGGAAGGGGAAGGUGAUAGCGAGGAUGCGACUGGGAUAGACUUGGAUAAGAGGUUUGGGUUCUCGAAAGAGUUCACGAAUAGGUUGGAGGUAGGGGAAGAGGUGGGCCGAGGGCAUUUCGGGUAUACUUGUUCUGCCAAGUUCAAGAAAGGUGACCGUAAAGGGCAGCAAGUUGCUGUUAAAGUCAUACCCAAAUCCAAGAUGACAACAGCUAUUGCAAUUGAGGAUGUGAGAAGGGAGGUGAAAAUACUAAGGGCCUUGACAGGACAUAGCAACCUUGUACAGUUCCAUGAUGCAUUUGAAGAUUUUGAUAAUGUCUACAUAGUAAUGGAGUUAUGUGAAGGAGGGGAGCUGCUAGAUAGGAUACUUUCAAGGGGUGGGAAAUACUCAGAAGAUGAUGCAAAGGGCGUCUUGGUGCAGAUACUAAAUGUUGUUGCCUUUUGUCAUCUACAAGGUGUGGUGCACCGGGAUCUCAAACCAGAGAACUUUCUGUAUACUUCUAAGGAUGAGAAUUCUCAGCUGAAAGUCAUAGACUUUGGCUUAUCGGAUUUUGUCAGACCAGAUGAAAGGCUUAAUGACAUUGUGGGAAGUGCGUACUAUGUGGCACCUGAAGUCCUUCAUAGAUCUUAUAGCACGGAGGCUGAUGUAUGGAGUAUAGGUGUUAUAGCAUAUAUUCUAUUGUGUGGUAGUCGUCCAUUUUGGGCCCGUAAUGAGUCCGGAAUUUUUCGGGCAGUCUUGAAAGCUGAUCCAAGUUUUGAUGAAGCACCUUGGCCUUCUUUAUCUCCGGAAGCAAAAGACUUUGUAAAACGCCUAUUGAACAAGGACCCCAGGAAGCGAAUGACUGCAGCUCAGGCCUUAGGUCAUCCCUGGAUCCGGAAUCAUAAUGAUGUAAAAGUACCUCAUGAUAUUUUAAUUUUCAGACUCAUGAAGGCAUAUAUGCGCUCGUCAUCUUUGCGUAAGGCUGCUUUAAGGGCAUUGUCUGAGACACUGACUGUGGAUGAACUCUAUUAUUUGAAGGAACAGUUUGCAUUGUUAGAGCCAAACAAAAAUGGCAGCAUAACCUUGGAAAACUUUAGAAAGGCUUUGAUGAAAAAUGCAACAGAUGCAAUGAAGGAUUCACACAUCCCUGAUUUUCUCUCAUCGCUAAAUGCACUUCAAUACAGAAGAAUGGAUUUUGAAGAAUUUUGUGCAGCUGCAUUGAGUGUCCAUCAGCUGGAGGCACUUGAUCGCUGGGAACAGCGUGCCCGUUCUGCAUAUGAAAUUUUCGACAAGGAUGGAAACAGGGCUAUCGUCAUUGAGGAGCUUGCUUCUGAACUUGGACUUGGCCCCUCUAUUCCAGUUCAUGCAGUUCUCAAUGACUGGAUAAGGCAUACUGAUGGACAACUUAGCUUCCAUGGAUUUGUCAAAUUGUUGCAUGGUAUGUCCAGCCGAACCGUGGCAAAGGUGCAAUGAAAACCAGAUGAAAGUUAACCUUCCUUGGCCAGUCAAUUAAAUAAGAUGCAUGAGAUACGUUAGGUUACAUGCACCCUUGAGCGCAGAUUAUGAGAGCCUUCAGUCUCAUGCUGAUUAUGGAAAGGGUAAGAAGUGAAUAUGAUUUGCUGUGAUAGCCAUUUGCCAUUGGUUCAUUUUAAAUAUAAAGCGAGCGCUGGCAUUGUCUUGUAAAGGUAUAGGUUAGUCUUGGCCUAAACAGGUAAAAAGAUAUUUUUCUUGUUACCACUAUACAUGUUCCAUUUCCAUUGGUUCUCCAAAUUUUGCAACUUUGGUUAACCAAUAUAGUGGGUUAUGAAUGCUUGUUUUGCCUGAAAUCCAAAUCCAAGAUGAUUGGCUUUUGCUA